UUUGUCUAAUUGUUAUUGAUUUUUUGCAAAAAACAAGUUAUUCAUGUAUACAAUUUAAACAUAAAAAUACUUUUAUAUAAAUAUGUGUUGUGUUUUAUCCGUAAGGUUUCCGUUCAGUGUUUUUUAGCAUAUAUUUAAUAUACACAUAAAUAAAUAAAAAAAUAUUAAUAAUAUAUACAAAUAUAUCAUAUACAAAUGACAAUAUCUUGAAAAGGUGAAACACGCUUAGAUAUGUACAACGCAGCUGCUUGAAAUGGCAAAGUUCCCGUUAUUCAACAUCAGCCGGAAACACGAAACAUAUCCAGCGAACUUCAAUAUAAAGUGCAAAUCUCAGCUGCUGGAGGAGCACGAGAGCGUUAAAUUAAUUAUAAAUAGACGCGUUGCAGUCCAUCCAAUGAAGUGGCCUUUGCUGCGCUGUAAAUGGCAAAAGAAGCUGACGCUGUCUGUGACGCUUUUUCUAAUUUGCCUGCUAAUCAUUUUUGCCUACUCGGACGAAUUUCGGAACAAAGUCUUUUCGGUAUUUCUAUCGAAUCGAUUCAGCCAUGUGACAAACAUUGGCAAGCUGCAAACAGCCUUUGCGAAUAGUAAUCAAGAACCAAGUACAUCGAAUCAACAGCACUUGAAGCCAAUGCAAUACAUAUUGAACUAUUCGGCAGCUCAACUGAACUACAGCUCCAUUCUAAAGCCAGUCACAUCGAACUACAACAUAUUUGUCAUCUACACCAGAGAGAACUAUAGAUUGCAUAUGAAAUUCGAUCUGUUUAUACAUAGUCUAUUCAAGCAUACGAAUGCCCAACUGCAUUUGCACGUGAUCACCGAUAAGGAGAGCGAGGUGGCUGUGCUGGAGAUACUGCAGCGAAAGGUGCGACGCUUCAAAAGAGUUUUGAUCUACUCCAUGUAUAAUAUACAAAUCUGUUCGAAUAUAAUUCAAGAUAUAACUGACAAAUUGUCGCCCUAUUUUAGCUCAGCUCCCAAUUCGUAUUAUAGUGAUUCGCUUUUUUUUAUGUCGCUCGGCUUGCAUCGCAUCGCCGACGCGAGCCUCAGCCGUGCUAUUCUCUUCGAUUGUGAUAUUGUCUUUCGGUCAGAUAUUCGUUUGCUCUUCGCAGAAUUCGAUCGGUUCUUGCCACACCAGCUAUUUGGUCUGGCGCCCGAACUUACGCCAGUGUAUAGGCAUAUACUAUACCGUUAUCGUACCCAGUUUCCCGAAUCGAAUUUCGGAAAUCCAUAUCAACCGAUGCAAAUAGUUAAGAAUAAUAAUAAUAAAAAAUUGUUAUCUAGUAGCCAAGAACGCCAUGGCUACCCAGGCCUUAACUCCGGCGUAGUGCUUAUACUCCUAAAUCGAAUCAGAGAUUCCAAGACAUACAUCGAGAUGCUGACGCAAUACGAAAUCAAUCGUUUGGUGGCUAAAUAUUCCUUUAAGGGUCACCUCGGGGACCAAGACUUUUUUACACUCCUAGGCUAUGAGUACCCGACUCUAAUCUACCGACUAGACUGUGUCUGGAACAGGCAGCUCUGCACCUGGUGGAAGGAUCACGGCUACAGCAACAUAUUUGAUUCGUAUUUUCGCUGUGAUGGCAUCAUCAAAAUGUAUCACGGCAAUUGCAAUACACGAAUACCAGAGUAAUACGAACCUGUACAAUAAUGUCUUUAUAUCAUAAAAAAGAGCUGUAAACUUAGGCGUGCGAAGUGACGAUUUAAUGUUUUUUGGGUGAUAUAUUUGGAGAUUGCUGGGAAAAGCCUAUAAGAAUUUCCCUCGCUCUCUCUCCCUCUCUUUAAUGAGCUACUCUCUCUUAUACCCAUCCUCCACUGAUUAUUAAACAUAAAACAAUAUAUAUUGUAGAUAUAGCAUAAA